CGCUAACCACAGUAAAAACCCAUCAAUUAGCGGCGGCUACUCCUAAUAAAGUACUAGUAAUUAAGACGAGGGCGAGCAUCCCUGCCCCUGCGGGAGCUUCUGCUCCCACGCUCGCCUCCCUUCCUCCAACUCCUCGCUGCCGGCUGUAAGGAUCCUGCCAACUUGCUUCCUCGUCCUCCCGCUCCUGCUUUCUCACCCCAGAUUCACCCCACCGGGCUCCAUCGCGUCGCCGGCGGCCGGGUCGUCGCCCCCACAGCCCCACCCCCCGGCGCCCGCCACCAUCAAACAUACCCUCUUCGCCUGGCGGCGCCGCCGAUCGCAUCUCUUCUCUUCCUUCCACCGAAGCACGCCGGCGACAAUUCUUCGCUCCUACUCGUUCCCCUCCCCCCUCCUCCUCCUCCACCACCACCACCACCACCACCGCAUCCUCCUCUCUGCUGGUACUUGGAAGUGCAGAUCCAUCCAGUCUCGGAUGCAUUUCUCCUUUUGUCGUUAAGGAAUGCACCCCCGGCUUGCUUCGAUGGAUUGCUCCGAGAACUAGUUUUGUUCUGGUCUUCCAUUUCUACGACGCGAGCGAUUUGUUUGCUGCGUGGUGGAGCAGCAUGACCAGAUUAUUCUCCAGAAUUUUUCGGGUGUCGACUGAGCCCCCAGGCCCCCUGAAGCCAGCCAUACCGAUUCACCAGAAGCAGGCGGCUCUCGCGGCUAGCAAGCAUGGCGUGGCGAUCUCGAGGAAGCACAUGGCUUUUGUGGCGGGAGAUGAGCAGUGGUACAAUAAGAUUUUUGAUCCGUCAAGCGAAUUCAUCUUGACAUGGAACCGCGUCUUCCUCUUUUCCUGCUUCGUCUCUCUAUUUAUAGACCCUCUCUACUUCUAUGUGCCCAAGAUCAUCUACGCCAGUCCCAAUUCCUGUGUUGGGACAGACAGACGUUUCGCCAUCGGUGUCACAUUCCUUCGAUCAAUUGCUGAUUUAUUAUAUGUCUUGCACAUCAUAAUAAAGUUCAGAACCGCAUUUAUGAAUCCAAGCUCGACCUUGAGGGUGUUUGGAAGAGGAGAUCUUGUCACAGAUCCCAAGGAAAUCGCAUGGAAAUAUUUGAGGUCUGACUUUGCUGUUGAUGUGGCGGCCGCAUUGCCUUUGCCACAGAUCAUUGUCUGGUUUGUGAUACCAGCUAUAAAGUAUUCCACUUCUGAGCAUAACAAUAACAUUCUGGUGCUCAUAGUUCUUGCUCAGUAUUUACCAAGAUUAUAUCUCAUAUUCCCGUUAACUUAUGAAAUUGUCAAAGCUACUGGUGUUGUUGCUAAGACUGCUUGGGAAGGGGCUGCGUACAACCUGGUCCUCUACAUGAUAGCUAGUCAUGUACUAGGUGCACUCUGGUAUUUGCUAUCUGUUGAUCGCCAGACAGCCUGCUGGAAAAAGAGUUGCAGGAAUGAAACUGGUUGUGAUAUUAAGUUCCUAGAUUGUGAUGCAACACCAAAUCAUAAUUGGGCAACUACAACUGCUGUCUUCAGCGAUUGUAAUGCUAGUGAUGGCUCCAUCAAUUUUGAUUUUGGCAUGUUCCAGCCUGCAUUGUUGAAUCAAGCACCUGCUCAAAGUUUCGCGAUGAAGUAUUUCUAUUCCCUCUGGUGGGGGUUGCAGAAUUUGAGCUGUUACGGCCAGACUCUUACUGUGAGUACCUAUAUUGGUGAGACGCUCUAUUGUAUAUUCUUGGCAGUACUUGGUCUCAUCUUGUUUGCGCAUUUGAUUGGAAAUGUGCAGACCUACCUGCAAUCUAUCACUGUGAGAGUUGAGGAAUGGAGAUUAAAGCAAAGAGAUACUGAGGAGUGGAUGAGACAUCGUCAACUUCCUCAUGAACUGCGGGAAAGGGUGAGACGAUUCAUCCAGUACAAGUGGCUAGCGACUCGAGGUGUGAAUGAAGAGUCUAUACUGCAUGCUCUACCCACAGAUCUUCGGCGUGACAUUAAGCGCCACCUUUGCUUGGGUCUUGUUCGCCGGGUUCCAUUUUUCUCCCAGAUGGAUGAUCAACUUCUUGAUGCCAUCUGUGAGCGUCUUGUAUCAGCACUGUGCACAAAGGGCACAUACAUUGUCCGGGAGGGUGAUCCAGUGACUGAGAUGCUCUUCAUCAUCCGUGGGAAACUGGAAAGCUCCACAACAAAUGGUGGUCGCACAGGCUUCUUCAAUUCAAUUACCCUGAAACCUGGUGAUUUCUGCGGCGAGGAACUUCUUGGAUGGGCUCUUGUCCCCAAGCCUACUACCAACUUGCCAUCAUCCACUCGGACAGUGAAGGCACUCAUAGAAGUGGAGGCCUUUGCACUCCAGGCCGAGGAUCUCAAGUUUGUCGCCAAUCAGUUCAGGCGACUGCACAGCAAGAAGUUGCAACACACUUUCCGGUGCCACUCGCACCACUGGAGAACUUGGGCCUCAUGCUUCAUUCAAACUGCUUGGCAGCGUUUCAAGAGGAGGAAGAUGGCAAAGGACUUGAGUAUGAGAGAGUCUUUCAAUUCUGUUAGAUUAGAUGAGUUGGGUUACGAAGAUGACUCUCCACCCAAGAAUAGUCUCGCUCUAAAAUUCAUAGCUAGGACUAGGAAAGUGCCUCAGAACAUGAAAGAAUUGCCUAAGCUAAGGAAGCCACACGAGCCGGAUUUCUCAGCUGAACCUGAUGACUAAUAUUCUAUGCCCCGUACAGUGGUCAUUGCUGCAGCUGCUGCUAACUCUGCUGCAGUUACUCCUAUUUACUGCAUGAAGGAGGCUACAAGCGAACAUGGUACCAUGAAUGGAACUUGGGUUGAUGGUACCUUUUGUUGACGUGAGGAAGGUAACUUGUAGCUCAAAAUGUGAACUUCUGGCUGAGAUAGGUUAAAUGGUUGCAAGUUAACUAGAUGUUAGUUAUCGCCAUGUUGUACAUUCAGAUGUCUUUGUGGCUAUAGAAUUCUAACAUUGGAGCCUGUGGUUACAUUGUUUGUAACUUUGGAGUCUGUAAAAUAUGAGGCUGGCUAUUUUUCGGAAAAAUGUCAUCACAAA